GCGUGGAGUCCGCCGCCUCAUCUGGGUCUCCCGGCCCCGCGAGCGACACUCCUUCAGCUCCAGCAUCUGCAGAGAAGAGGCCCCUGUCCUGCCCUCCAUCUGCUCAGCAUGGCCCAGUCGAUCCUCGACGCGAUGUCCGGAGCCUCCACCGGGACCCUGCAGGUCACCGACCCCCUCAACUUCUGGGGCGGGAGGCGCGUGGCUCCCCGGCAGCAGGCCGACGCCCAGGAUGUGUUCGAACCGGCGACCGGGAGGGUCCUGUGCCAGCUGAUCCCCUGUAAGGCCGAGGAGGUGGACGAAGCCAUGCAGAGCGCCCACACUGCCUACCUGAAGUGGAGCAAGAUGUCGGGGAUGGAGAGGGCCCGGGUCAUGCUGGAGGCUGCGCGAAUCAUCAGGGAAAGGAGGGAGGCCAUAUCGAAGCUGGAAGUCAUCAACAAUGGCAAGUCCAUCACCGAAGCGCUGGCGGACAUCGACUUCUCCUGGCAGUGUGUGGAGUACUACGCCGGCCUGGCCGGUACGCUGGCAGGCCAACACAUCCAGCUGCCCAGCGGAGCGUUUGCCUACACCAGGAGGGAGGCUCUGGGCGUCUGCGCAGGGAUCGGAGCGUUCAACUACCCCUUCCAGAUCGCAGUGGUGAAGUCCGCCCCCGCUUUGGCGUGCGGCAACGCCAUGGUAUUCAAGCCUUCUCCCAUGACUCCUGUGACCGCUGUGAUCCUGGCCGAGAUCUACAAGGAGGCCGGCGCCCCCGACGGGCUCUUCUGCGUGGUCCAGGGAGGCCCCGAGACCGGAACCCUGCUCUGCCAGCACCCGAUGGUGGCCAAAGUGUCCUUCACCGGCAGCGUUCCCACGGGAAAGAAGAUCAUGGAGAUGUCGGCCAAAGGGGUGAAGCCGGUGACCCUGGAGCUGGGAGGGAAGUCUCCUCUCAUCAUCUUCAAGGACUGCGAGCUGGAGAACGCCAUCAAGGGAGCGCUCAUGGCAAACUUCCUGACGCAGGGCCAGGUCUGCUGCAACGGCACCAGAGUGUUUGUGCAGAGAGAGAUCAUGCCAAAGUUCCUGGAGGAAGUGGUGAAGAGGACCAAGGCCAUCCCCGUGGGCGACCCCCUGCUCGACGCCACCCGGAUGGGCGCUCUGAUCAGCAAGCCCCAGCUGGACAAGGCGCUGGGGUUCGUCAGCCAGGCCAAGAAAGAGGGAGCCAAGGUGCUUUGUGGAGGAGAACCUUUCACCCCAAGUGACCCUAACUUGGCAGGGGGCUAUUACAUGUCACCCUGUGUGCUUGACAGCUGCAGAGACGACAUGACCUGCGUGAAGGAGGAGAUUUUUGGCCCCGUCAUGUCCGUCCUGGCCUUUGACACGGAGGAGGAGGUCCUCCAGAGGGCCAACUCCACCACCUUUGGACUGGCGUCUGGCGUCUUCACCAGGGACAUUUCCAGGGCGCAUCGGGUGGCGGAGAACCUGCAGGCGGGAACCUGCUUCAUCAACAACUACAACGUCAGCCCCGUGGAGGUCCCGUUCGGAGGCUACAAGAAUUCCGGCUUCGGCAGAGAGAACGGCCAGGUGACCAUCGAGUACUACUCCCAGCUGAAGACCGUGGUGGUGGAGAUGGGCGACGUGGAAAGCCUCUUCUGAAAGCUUCCAGUUCCCCCACGGCUGAAA